GCGAAAGCGGGCUUCGCCACCAAGCGGAGGAAAGCCCAACAUCCGCAAUGCCGAGAAAGACAGGCGCCCGGGCUGCGCCUUCGCGGAGCGCGUGGCCGCCUGCGCCAAGGCGGAGUAUCUCCGGCGCCGGCCGGCGGCGGCGGCGGCGGCGCGGCAGACGGUCUUAGCUGCGGUGUUGGCGCUAGACGAGACUUCUGGAGAGCUUUUCGUGGUCUCCUUUGGCGUGGGCACCAAAUUCCGCCGCGAGGCCGCUUCGAACGACGGCUCUGCCUUGCGGGACCUGCAUGCGGAGGUUUUGGCGCGCCGUGGACUGCAGCGCUUUCUCCACCAGGAGGUGCUGCGCAGCUUGCGGGGAGAGGCCUGUGAACUCCUAGAGGCGGGCGCUCCUCGGCUGAGGGCGGAGGUGUCGCUGCAUUUCUACAGCUCCUCGGUGCCCUGCGGCAACGCGUCCUGGAAGCGCUGGGCCAAGGGCGGCACCUGCGAAGCAUAUGAUGAAGGCAUAUGGCCGAGACAACGGCAUCCACGCAUCCACUUGCAUGCGCGGUCUGAGGGCCAAGCUGCCUUCCUGGUCAAGGGCGAGUCAGUUGACGCGCCGGUCUCGGUGCCGCCUGGGUGCGCGCUGUUCAACCCGGAAACGGAGGAGUCGCAGGGCCCCCUGUGCUGCAGCGACAAGUUGGCGCAGUGGGCGGCGCUGGGCGUCUUGGGCCGCCAUCUCAGCGCCGCCUUCGAAGCACCACUGCGCUUUUCCAGCUGCACGAUCGGCCGGAAGUUCUCUUGGCCGCACGCGGCACGGGCGCUGUGCUGCCGGCUGCAGGACUUCCAGGCUCCCGGGUACGGCCUUCAGCACCUGGACCUGCUUGGUUGUAGCGUGAAGCUGGAUGACGGCAUCUACGAGGAUGGUGCAGGUGCCGAUUUUUCCGAGCAGCGCUGCUUGGUGUGGGUCCGCGGUGAUGAGGCCGAGCUGCUGGAUGGCCAAACCGGACUCCUCGAGGCGCGCGGGGACGGGGAAACCGCCGCUUCAGUGUCCACACGCCGCUUGGCGGAGCUCGCCCAAAGUUGGCGGCCCCUGGUGGACGCCGAG